UCGGACUUCCUGCUCUUGUGGUGUUACGAGCAAACCUGGAUUUCGAUCGACGAUCGAUCGUCCUCCGAAAUACAUGAGGAAAACCCUACGUUGUGCCCAUGCGAUUGACCCUUCGCACCACUAUUAAUGCAGUUCCAAGGGUUUCGCCGAUGAUGGCAGAGACUCUCCGCAUGAUCUCCUGGGACGAACCCGCAGAAGGAAAGUCAUCAACUGAAGAUGCGAAAAGCAGUGACGAGGAUGAUCUGGAGAUCUUGAAAUUGGCUUGGCGAACCAAUGAGGAGGGAGAACUCCUCGCGUUUCUGUUCGGUACAGUACGGCCCGGACAUCAGGAACUCAUCACGCAAGAGCUCGCGAUCCUGGUAGUGCAGCUGGCGGACGAUCUCCCUCUCGACAUCAUCUCGCAGGACGAUGAGCACUUGAUUCCUCAUGUGCUUUCUCGCACGUUGACGCCGUAUCUCCAGUGGUCGGCUUGUGUGGAGGGAGCCGCAGAGCGCAUCCCGCCGUCGCAGCAGCAGUAUUUGGAUCCCCGGACGGUUUGUGAUCGUGCCUUCUUCAGGCAUCCAACGGCAGAGCAACUUGCUGCCAUUCGAGAGGAAGAAGAGGAGGAAGAAAGCACUGAGAGUGACGAAGGAGAAGACGAGCAGGAAGAAAGUGGGGAAAGCGGCAAAGUACUCAGGGAAGAGGACGAAACCCCCGAAGAAGGAAGCUAUAGCGAGCAUAGCGAAGGGGAGCAGAGUGAAGAAGAAGAAGAAGACGACGAAGGAGAAGAGGAGAACGAAGAAGGACCUGCGAAAUCGGAGUGGGAAGCUGUGCUGGAAGAAGCGCUGCGCACGGGCACGGAGGCUGAAGAUCCGGAGGCGGCCCGUAAAAGAGAAGAAACCGCGGCCGGGAAGAGGGAGCUAGAGUUUGCGAGCGGGGCAAGCUUGCACGUCUACGACGACCCAAACCGAGAUCCGGAGCCACCCCGACCAGAACAUGGCGACCUCACGGCCACGACUCCGACCUCAUCAGCGAGGCGACGGAGCCGAUCCCCCUCCUCCCCAACCCGUCCCCCAGUUCGCCGACGUACCGAUACGGGCGAUCGGCCUUCGUCCCCGAUUACUCUCUCGCCGUCCUCUUGACUACCUCACCCUCCGCCAACUCACCACCCCCAUCACGUUCCCCUCCAACCCGUUUCCCCGCGAUAUCU